CACUCAACAUUCUCCCCAUUGUGAAAAUAGGAAUAUAUAUUUCUUGAAAACUCUCACUUCAUUCCCUCCCCAUCUCAUCUCAUAACUUGUUUCAUUUCCACCAUGGCUGGCCUCUACACCGGCUCCCAUGGCCGCCACGAGGACGAUGGUGUGGUUCAAACUCAUGCAAACGCGACGUUGAAAAGCAAAACUUGUAAUAUAUGCGGAGAUGAGAUAGAUUUGAAGGAGAAUGGGGAGAUGUUUGUCGCAUGCCAUGUUUGUGGAUUUCCGGUGUGCCAGCCUUGCUACGACUACGAGAGGGCUGAGGGCCAGCAGAGCUGCCCUCAGUGCCACACGCGCUACAAGCGCCACAAAGGUUGUCGUCGGGUUGAAGGUGAUGAAGACGAUGCUGAGGAUGACUUUGAAGAGGAAUUCCAGCUCAAGAAUCCCACCCAUCAACCUUCGGAACAUAAUGUUAAUGGCGAUUACAGUCACCACGAAAGUCAUAUCAAUGGAGGAGCCAUUCCUUCCGUCGCAGGGAGCGUUACAGGCAAAGAUUUCGACGGUGAAAAGGAAGCUUACACCCCUGAGGAAUGGAAGGAGAGGGUGGAGAAAUGGAAGACCAGACAAGAGAAGAGAGGCCUCGUUACCAAACCUGAAGAUGGAGGAAAUGAUCAAGACGACGACGAUUAUUUUCGUGUGGCUGAAGCUCGGCAACCGUUAUGGCGGAAAGUCCCAAUCCCUUCACGGCUAAUCAGCCCCUACCGCAUUGUGAUUGUUAUACGUUUGGUCAUCCUGUGUUUCUUCUUCCAUUUUAGAAUCUUGACCCCAGCUUAUGAUGCAUUCCCCCUGUGGCUUAUAUCUGUAAUCUGUGAGAUAUGGUUUGGUGUGUCUUGGAUCCUUGAUCAGUUCCCCAAAUGGCUCCCUAUUACUCGGGAGACCUACCUCGACCGCCUUGCCUUGAGGUUUGAGCGCGAGGGCGAGCCGAGCAAGCUCCUCCCGGUUGAUUUCUUUGUCAGUUCAGUGGAUCCUCUUAAGGAGCCUCCCAUUAUAACAGCAAACACCGUGCUUUCAAUCUUGUCUGUUGACUAUCCGGUGGAGAAGGUGAGUUGCUACGUGUCUGAUGAUGGCGCAUCCAUGCUUCUGUUUGACGCAUUGGCUGAGACUGCUGAGUUUGCGAGGAGGUGGGUGCCCUUCUGCAAGAAGUAUAGCAUUGAGCCAAGGGCACCUGAGUUUUACUUCUCCGAGAAGAUUGACUACCUCAAGGAUAAGGUUCAGCCUACUUUUGUGAAGGAUCGUAGGGCCAUGAAGAGAGAAUAUGAAGAGUUCAAAGUAAGAAUAAAUGCCUUGGUGUCUAAGGCUCAGAAGAAACCAGAAGAAGGAUGGGUUAUGCAAGAUGGCACGCCAUGGCCAGGGAACAACACCCGUGAUCACCCUGGCAUGAUUCAGGUCUAUUUGGGAGCUGAAGGUGCACUUGAUAUCGAAGGCAAGGAACUCCCGCGGCUAGUGUAUGUGUCACGUGAGAAACGCCCAGGCUAUCAGCACCACAAGAAGGCUGGGGCAAUGAAUGCACUGAUUCGAGUUUCUGCAGUGCUUACUAAUGCACCAUUCAUGUUGAAUCUGGAUUGUGAUCACUACGUCAACAACAGCAAGGCUGUCCGGGAAGCUAUGUGCUUUUUGAUGGAUCCCCAAGUUGGGAAGAAGCUCUGCUAUGUCCAGUUUCCACAGAGGUUUGAUGGAAUUGAUCGCCAUGAUAGAUAUGCUAACCGCAAUGUUGUCUUCUUUGAUAUCAACAUGAAAGGCCUCGAUGGCAUCCAAGGACCAGUAUAUGUUGGAACUGGGUGUGUCUUUAACAGGCAGGCAUUGUAUGGCUAUGAUCCACCAGCAUCUGAGAAGCGGGCCAAGAUGACUUGUGACUGCUGGCCUAAAUGGUGCUGCUGCUGUUGUGGUGGAUCACGGAAGCCAAAGUCUAAGAAGAAAGGACUUAAGGCUCUGCUUGGUCUUGGCGGACUGUAUAGCAAGAAGAAGAAAAUGAUGGGUAAACAGUACACUAGGAAAGCAUCUGGUCCAGCUUUUGAUCUUGAAGAAAUUGAAGAAGGUUUCGAAGGAUACGAUGACUUGGAAAAAUCAUCACUUAUGUCCCAAAAGAAUUUUGAGAAAAGGUUUGGAAUGUCACCAGUUUUCAUCGCAUCGACUCUUAUGGAGGAAGGUGGUCGGCCUGAGGGGAGUAGCCCAACUGCACUUAUCAAAGAAGCCAUUCAUGUUAUUAGUUGUGGGUAUGAAGAAAAAACUGAAUGGGGUAAAGAGCUUGGAUGGAUUUAUGGUUCGAUUACGGAAGACAUUUUGACAGGAUUCAAAAUGCACUGUAGAGGAUGGAGGUCUGUGUACUGCACACCCAAGAGAGCGGCUUUCAAGGGAUCAGCUCCAAUCAAUCUGUCCGAUAGGUUGCACCAAGUUCUUAGAUGGGCUCUUGGUUCUGUUGAAAUCUUUCUUAGUCGUCAUUGUCCACUUUGGUAUGGUUAUGGAGGAAAGCUCAAAUGGCUUGAGAGGCUUGCUUAUAUCAACACCAUCGUGUACCCAUUCACUUCCAUUGCUCUAGUGGCCUACUGUACGCUCCCAGCAGUGUGUCUCCUUACUGGAAAGUUUAUUGUUCCAACUCUGAACAACCUGGCCAGCAUAUGGUUUAUUGCACUUUUUAUGUCCAUCAUAGCAACAGGUGUACUUGAGCUCCGAUGGAGCGGAGUUAGCAUUGAGGAUUGGUGGCGCAAUGAACAAUUUUGGGUCAUUGGUGGUGUCUCAGCACAUCUCUUUGCAGUUUUCCAAGGUCUUCUCAAGGUCCUUGCAGGAGUUGAUACAAACUUCACAGUCACAUCAAAAACAGCAGAUGAUUCUGAGUUCGGGGAGCUCUACCUCUUCAAAUGGACAACUCUUCUUAUUCCACCAACGACGUUAAUCAUCAUAAAUAUAGUUGGUGUAGUGGCGGGAAUUUCUGGUGCAAUUAACAACGGCUAUGGCUCAUGGGGUCCUCUCUUUGGGAAGCUCUUCUUUGCCUUCUGGGUUAUUGUUCAUCUUUAUCCAUUCCUCAAGGGAUUGAUGGGAAGGCAAAACAGGACUCCGACAAUUGUGGUUCUUUGGUCAAUUCUUCUAGCUUCAAUCUUCUCACUUGUUUGGGUCCGAAUCGAUCCUUUCUUGCCCAAACAAACUGGCCCCAUCCUCAAACAAUGUGGGGUGGAUUGCUAGACCAACAAGCUGUCCUAUUGCUCUCAUCUUUUUUGCUCGUUCCGCUUAUAUCUUGUUAUGUGUAGUGCGUUGUGUCAUCAACAUUAGUAAAACCAAUAUGCUUGGAUCUCCGAUAAGCAGGGUUUCACAUCUGCCCAUUUUUUACUCCUUGGAUGAUGUAAAUCAAUUGUCAAUUUCAUCUACUUCAAUGCUGGAUUUUAAUGCAACUUUUGCUCCAUUCUUA